UCUUUGGCUCCAUGGUAACGGCACGGCGUUCUUCCAUGGCGAUUUCCUGCUGCCGCUUUAGCCCAGAGAAUAGACACAACGCUGUUUUAAGCUUUUUUAAAUAAAGUAACGGCAAUAUCCAUAUAGCUUGAGAUUUUAUUUUUAAAUAAUAAAUAUAUAUUUGUUUUCGAGUUAUCAUGAGCCGCACUCCUGAUGCAAGAGCGAGAGACACCCAGACCAAGCAGAUCCAAGAGAACAUCACCAAUGUAGAAAAGCACUUUGGAGAUCUCUGCCAGCUGUUUGCUGCUUAUGUCCGUAAAACUGCACGACUGCGGGACAAAGCCGAUCUACUGGUUAAAGAAGUCAGCCUUUAUGCUGACACAGAGACUCCGAACCUGAAACUUGGAUUGAAGAAUUUUGCAGAUCAGUUGGCUCAGAUCCAGGACUAUCGACAAGCAGAAGUGGAGAGGCUGGAAGUCAAAGUUAUAGAGCCUUUGAAAGCAUAUGGGAAUAUUGUCAAAACAAAAAGGGAGGACAUGAAGCAGACGCAGACUGCACGGAACAGAGAAGCCAAGCAGAUGCAGCAGCUGGAAAGGAUGAGGCAGAGAAACCCCUCAGACAGACAGAUUAUUUCACAGGCAGAGAGUGAACUCCAAAGAGCCACGAUGGAAGCCACACGCACAACUCGGCAACUGGAGGAGACAAUAGAUGACUUUGAAAAGCAGAAGAUUCGUGAUAUCAAGAAAAUUUUCGGUGAAUUUGUAACAGUGGAGAUGGCAUUCCAUGCCAAGGCUUUGGAAAUUUACACAACCGCAUACCAGCACAUUCAGAAUGUGGAUGAGGAAGGAGACCUUGAGGUUUUCAGGAACUCACUGCACCCCCCUGAUUACCAGUCACGGUUAGAAAUAGUUCGCGCCAAUUCUAAACUGUCCUUAAAUCGAACUGGUACAUCAAUGAGUAAAUCAGGAACAAUGCAGUCAAGAACGUCUAGCAGACAGAGGAAAAGGGAUGACGAAGAAGAUGAAGAAGAGGAGGAAGAUGACGAGGAUGAUUUGGAGGAAGUGACUGAUGAUGAGCAUUAAAAUAUUUUCAGACAGUGGCAUUCCUAAACUGUAGUUAAGAGUUUUUGAAUUGAGAUGAAUGACGUUAUAAAACUAGUUUGCAUCGCCAGCAAUAAAUGUGAUGUAAUGAUAAUUAUGUUAGAUAAAGGUGAGUGCAUGGUUAGAUGUUUGCUCUCUUGUAAAUCAUAUACUAUAAAAUUAUAUAUAUCAUAAAAAAUCACCUUCAAAGAGAGUGUUCAU